CGGUGUGGCUGAGCUAGGCGGUCUGGGGCGACGCAGCCAUGGCUCGGAGAGAGAUGGAGCAGCGGAAGGGGAUGGCGUGCUGUAGCUGUACUUGCUGACAGUGACAGAGAUAUUCUCGACUUCUACGCCCAUUACGGUGAUAAAUAAACACAAGGAUCUGACAGCGAAAGACCACAUUAAGCACUCACUUCCUCCAGUCAACCCAGCUUAACACCUCUUCAUUAGCUGAUUCGGUCUCCGCGACGGACCCCCUCCAUCUCCAUGGACGCAGCACAAGAGACGAGGUUACUGGUCCAAGAGGAUGGGGAUCAGCAGGAUGCAAGUCUUUACACAGGUGAUGGGUCCGUUGACAUCAAAGGCCGUCCCGCAACAAGGCGCGACACAGGCAAUUGGCGAGCAUGCGUCUUCAUCCUAGGAAAUGAGUGUUGUGAGCGUCUGGCCUACUAUGGAAUUGCAAAAAACCUAGUCACUUAUCUGAAAAUAAGGCUUCAUCAAGGCAAUCUUGAAGCUGCAAGAAAUGUUACCACUUGGCAAGGGACAUGCUAUCUGUCUCCCCUCAUUGGAGCCAUCCUAGCAGAUUCUUAUUGGGGAAAGUACUGGACUAUUGCUGUUUUCUCAUCAAUUUAUUUCAUCGGCCUGUCUGUUUUAACUCUUUCAGCAUCGCUUCCAGCACUUCAGCCACCUUCAUGUUUAGGAACCGUUUGUCCAGAAGCAAGCUUACUUCAAAAUGGCACAUUUUUCCUAGGUCUCUAUAUGAUUGCCCUAGGGACCGGAGGUAUUAAACCAUGUGUGUCAUCCUUUGGGGCUGAUCAAUUUGAUGACAGUGAUCCGACAGAGAGAGUAAAGCAGGGUUCCUUCUUCAACUGGUUCUAUUUCUGCAUAAAUAUCGGUGCAUUCAUAUCAGGCACUGUUAUUGUUUGGAUACAAGAUAACUCGGGUUGGGGAAUAGGAUUUGCCAUUCCUACUGUAUUUAUGGCAUUGGCUAUUGCAAGCUUCUUUUCAGCUUCAGAUAUGUAUAGAUUUCAGAAACCUGGUGGGAGUCCACUUACAAGAGUGUGCCAGGUCGUUGUCGCAGCGUUCCGUAAGUGGCAUGUUGAACUGCCACAUGACACUGCUCUUUUAUAUGAAGUUGAUAAUCAAAAUUCAGCAAUAGAUGGAAGCAGAAAGCUAGAGCACACAAGUGAACUUGAAUUCCUUGACAAGGCUGCCAUCAUCUCAUCUACUGAUGCCAAGAGUGACCUCCUUACAAACCCAUGGAGGCUUUGCACGGUCACCCAGGUGGAAGAACUAAAGAUCCUAGUAAGAAUGUUCCCGGUCUGGGCUACUACUAUCAUAUUCAAUGCGGUGUACGCUCAGAACUCUUCCAUGUUCUUAGAGCAGGGAAUGGUUCUCGACAAGCGGGUUGGGUCUUUCAAUGUUCCUCCUGCGUCCCUCUCGAGCUUUGACGUAAUCAGUGUCAUGAUCUGGGUUCCACUUUAUGACCGUGUUCUCAUACCUAUAGCUAGGAAGUUCACUGGAAGGGAAAAGGGUUUCUCAGAGCUACAACGGAUUGGCAUUGGACUAGUGCUUUCCAUUUUUGCAAUGGUGUCUGCAGCUUUUGUCGAGGUGAAGCGCUUGGAGAUUGCCAGGUCCGAAGGUCUUAUCCAUGAGAAGGCUGCGGUUCCGAUGAGCAUUCUUUGGCAAAUACCGCAGUAUUUCUUUGUUGGCGCUGCCGAGGUUUUCACUAAUAUAGGUCAGCUUGAGUUCUUCUAUGAUCAGGCCCCAGAUGCCAUGAGAAGUUUAUGUGCUGCAUUUGCACUCGUCACGGUCUCAGCAGGGAGCUAUUUAAGCUCAUUCAUAUUGACCUUGGUGUCUUACGUUACAACUCGAGGUGGAGAUCCUGGAUGGAUCCCGGAUAACCUGAACGAAGGCCAUCUUGACCGGUUCUUUUGGUUGAUUGCAGGGGUCAGCUUUGUGAAUUUGCUGGUUUACAUCAGUUGUGCAAUGAAAUACAAAUAUAAGAAUGUGUGAUGGUUUAUCUCCACAAAAAUGUGUGAUGGUCAUACCUGCUGUGGAAUCAGUCCUUGUAAUCUCAGAUUCCAAUAUCCAUGAAAGCUGUGCAUUUUAUAGACUAAGACAUCACAUGAGCUGGCCCUCUCAACAGGUCCUCAAGAAAAAGACUUCUGGUGAUGUAUUUUAGACAAAUUGCUUCGGUGAUUGUGUUUUGUAUGAAAUUUGCAACACCAGAGUUGUACAAAGAUAAUUCUGUACAUGCAUAUCCAAUAUUUUCCUGUUCAAAACCA